AUGCCUUCACCGUCAGACUCCAGCAGCGUGGCCUCGGCCUCGGGGUCUCGAGGCUGGUCGGACAGCCGCAGGGGCAUGUCAGGCCGGGGGCCUGGUGGGGCACGGCUACUCCUGUACCUAGGGCUGUGCCACCUGGGCCUGGGGGCCAUGGUCCUGGCCUUCUCCUUCACCAGCAUGGCCUUCACCUCCUCUGCCCGUGUGAGGCAGUCCUGUCCAUUCUGGGCUGGCUUCUUUGUGGUGGCAUCAGGGAUAGUUGGGAUAAUCUCAUGGAGGAGACCUCUGACGCUGGUGGUGUCACUGUUCAUGCUGCUGUCUGCAGUGUGUGUGAUCCUCAGUCUGGCCGGCUCCAUGCUCUCCUGUCAGAAUGCACAGAUGGUCAAGUCUAUGCUCACCUGCCAGGUGGAGAAUGGUCUGUGUGUGUGUUGUGCGCCCACUCACUCCUGCUCCAUCACAGAGGAGGAGACCCUGGUCCUGUACCUGAACGCUGACUGUCACUCAGUCAGAAAUCAGCUGAAGGACCUUUUGUUCAGUGCAUGUGGUCUCAGCAUUCUCUCCACCAUCAUCUGUACUCUGUCCACUGUGACCUGCAGUAUCCACAUAUUCUCUCUGGACCUUGUGCACCUGCUGGCCCCACAUCGCUCUCGUUCAGUCAACCCAGAAUGCACCACUCCUCAGGACGCCUUCCUGACCAACAUCAUGGACUUUGAGGAGUUUGUCCCACCUAUCCCGCCGCCCCCCUACUACCCUCCUGAGUACACAUGCAGCUCUGAAACAGACGCUCAGAGCAUCACCUAUAACGGCUCCAUGGAGAGCCCCGUUCCUCUCUACCCCACUGACUGUCCCCCUCCUUAUGAAGCUGUGAUGGGACAAAGAGCUGCAAGCCAGGCAACAGUGUUUGACCCCCACGGCACAGAGCUGUCUGCAGAGAGAGGAACUUCUACUGCCUUCAGCGGAGAAGUGUCCAUGGACAGUGGAUCUUUGUUGAUGUCAGAGAUUGUGGACAUCCCUGAUGAUUCCUCCCCCUCUGAGGAUUCCUGUCUGAUGGAGGUUGGGCUGAGGACCCACGGGGUGAGGGGCCACAGGAACCUUAGCGAGGGGGGAGACGGAGGAGACGGCGGGGAGUACAUCAGCUUUCGUGGUCCGCCAUCUCAGACACCAGAGAGUCCUCUGGCGGGAGGACCGAGAGCCAGGCGCUUCCUCAGAGGAGAGAGGUCCAACUCCUGCUCCUCCCCCAGCACAGCGACCACCACAUAUAGGUCUCCAGUAUUGCGACGGCAGGCGGUGCUAGCUAGUAGCUGUUCCCAGCUGGAAGCAAUAGGGAAAUCCACGUAUCCACAGCGAUCCUCCAUCCCAGAGCUUCGAGUUUGCCCCUCCACUCUCUCACGCCAAGGAGCUACCCCAACCUCCUCUGCUCCUCCCAUUUCCUCCUCAUCAGCGGCCAGUGAGCAAAGCGAUGGUCAGGGUAAUGGGCCACUCCUCCUGGGCCAACCGUUGUUCCUACAACGAAGGGCCGGGAAGAGUGGGAAGGAUGGAGAGAGUGAAAGUAGGGAUAGUGAAGGGCCCCUCCGUCUUGUGAGGUCACACAGUGAGCCAGGCAUCGGCUCCUCGACUGACACGGUUGACUUUGGCUCUGGAGGCAGCAAAGUAUCUAUAGACACAGGUCCGUCCUCUGAGGCAUGUCUGUUGCCCCGCCCCUCUUUGCCUCCUGCUGAAGCUCUGCCAAGGAAAGGAAGUGGGAAAUUAGCAGCCACAGGGGUGCAGGUCCCGUCUAAACCGCCCCCGACCUCACCACUGCAUUUACCUAAAGACUGCCACCGUUCCCUCGGAGACCUUAAAGGGACUCGGGGUCUGGUGGCUCGCUUCCUGCAGCGCUCUAAACGCAAUCUAUCGCCCUCCUCCGAGCAUGCUGGGAGCACCGGGCAGGGGCCUAAGAGGAGUGGAUUCGAGGUCACUGCCACUAACCACCUGCCCAUGGAACAAGUUUUUCUGACCCCUUGGAGCAACAGCCGAGGAUACCCCAACCAUCACAACCACCCCCCUCAUCGCCGUGGACACCACCAUUCCCAUAGUGACAGUCGACACAACCGGCACCAGGGCAGUCUGGCGCCAGAGGGGAUCCACCUGCGCAGCUGUGGAGAUUUAAGCUCCUCGUCCACAUCAUCACUACGUCGAUUAGUGACACCUCAUCCACCGCACGGGUCAUCAGGAGCUCUUUACUCAGAGUCUGCACUGUGA